ACACGUGACUUCAAACGUGUCGUUUCUGACGCGUGUCUGCAUGUCAGUGUCUGUCAUCGCUGCAGUUUCUCGAGAGGCUGGACUUGAGUGUGAACCAGCUGCCUCGGCUCCCCCAGCACUUCUCUCGGGGUCUGUCCUCCCUCCAGGAGCUCCGGCUGGACCACAACCUGCUGCAGCACCUGGACUCUUCUUCGCUGAGUGGUUUUGAGAACCUGAGGAAACUGGACCUCAGUUACAACCGCAUCCAGGCCAUGGAUGUCGGGGCUUUCGGGAGCCUGUCUCGACUGAUUCUUCUCAAGCUGGAGGGAAACAGGCUGAAUGUGCUUAAAGACGGCGUGUUGCGCAGGCUGCAGAGCCUGGAGGUGCUGCUCCUGGACCACAACAACAUCUCGGUGAUCGAGACGGAAGCUCUGGCUCCUUUACGGAGUCUUACUCUGCUGAGUCUCCAGUCCAACCAGCUGCAGCGCGUCACGUUCAAGAGCUUCCUGAAGCUCCACACCACCACCACCACCACCCUCCUUCGGAUGUCCUCCAACCCUUGGACCUGCGACUGCGACCUGCAGCGAGUUUUCGGCAAGAUCAAGCGUGUUCGACACCUGCACGUGUACGACUACCAGGACAUCACCUGUCACGCUCCCGCCCACCAAGCCGGAAGCUCCCUGGCGUCGCUGGACAGCCAGCUGUGUCUUUGUGAGACAGCAUCCGUGCUCGUCAUCACCCUCACCGUGAUGCUGGCUGUGAUUGGUGUCCUGGUCAAAGCAGAGCACAACCACAAGAACAAGCGAAAUGCACCCGUCCACAUAAAAAAAUGUAAACCCUGAAGCUGCCACAGCUUACCAUGCAGAUGAGGUAGACUCCCAGGAAGACUUGUCCAGUAGACUGCAGGGAUCUGCUGCGAGGUUUCUGUCGGUACACCUCCCCC